GCGGGUAUUUGGGGGAAGCGUCCCAUUUCUGGGCGCUUCCAGUGGCUCUCUUGCGCAAGUGACUUCUGAGUCCAGUUCUGGGGCUGACUUCUGGGCCCAGGUCUGAGGCAGAGAUGCCUGCCCUUCACAUCGAGGAUCUGCCAGAAAAGGAAAAGCUGAAGAUGGAAGUCGAGCAACUUCGCAAAGAAGUGAAGUUGCAGAGACAACAGGUGUCCAAAUGCUCUGAGGAAAUAAAGAACUACAUCGAAGAGCGCUCUGGAGAGGAUCCCUUGGUCAAGGGAAUCCCAGAAGACAAGAACCCCUUUAAAGAAAAGGGCAGCUGCGUCAUUUCCUAAUUAACUCUGGGGGAAACUCUAUUCCCAGUUGGGGCAAGUUUUUCUUUUUGUUUGUUUAUUUGUUUGUUUAAUUUCCCCUCACAUGAAGUCAAAGUGCAUGUUAAAGGGGGGGGGGGGGGAAUGAAAUUGAGAAAGAUGGUUGUAAACACUCUCCGAGCGGUUUAUGUACGAAACAUAUCUGCUUCUCACCUUCGCUCUGACGACGCACACUUUCAUGCAGUCAUGGGAUGAAAGCAGAACUCUCUCCUUUCAGGAUACCCCUUGCUGCCUCCAAUAAAGUUUUGUCUUGGGAAAAUUAGUGGUGGUGCCUUAAAAGACAGCACUU